AUGGCCGGAACUAUCCGUUUACUCAUAACAUCCGACACACAUGGCGCCUGGCCCUAUUCCCUCACCAACCCAGCGCCCAAAGCCGACGUUCUACUUCACUGCGGCGAUCUCACACAGGUGGGCGGUCUCUCCAGUUUCAAGCGCGCCAUAGAAGACAUCAAAUCAUCCGACGCAGAACUAAAGCUCAUCAUCGCUGGCAAUCACGACCUUGAGCUUGAAGACGUUUGGGGGCGCGAAAACAUAGAAGACGAAGAGGACUUAGAAGAGCGUUCCAAAUGUGUCGCUUUCAUGCAAAGUCACAAGUCACAUGGAAUCCACUAUUUGGAAGAAGGCACGCAUCAAUUUGUUCUUCAAGAUGGGCGACAGUUCACUGUGUAUGCGAGUCCAUAUUCGCCCGAAUUCAACGGAUAUGCAUUCGCGUACGAACAAGACGAAGAUCGAUUCAAUGUAGGUGGGAAUUCAGUACCAGCGAACAUCAAUAUUCUCAUGACGCAUGGACCACUGCUUUUCCCGACGAAUCCAGAAUACCAGCUUGACGUAAGCCACGAUGGAAAGCAUUGUGGCUGUAAGAAGCUUGCGGAUGCGGUGCAAAGGACGAAGCCGCGACUCCACUGCUUUGGUCACAUCCAUGAAGGACGGGGCGCUCUGCGCGUUAGCUGGGCUGAUAGCGAGAAGGACAAGAGCCAAUGCGUAUCGAUGGAGAGGGUGCAGGAUAACGGCGCAGUCGUGGAGCAAAGUACGAGGAGCGAGUCACUUCUAGUGAACGCUGCUAUGGACGGGCCCGGAAAAGGCUGGUUGGUAGAUCUUGCGCUCUAG